ACAAUAAAGGUUAUUAUUAAGUCAUUUUUUGUUGGUGCAAAGUAAUAGUUUUAGGGAGCGUUUCGUGUGUGUUCGAAUGUAAAACAAUAAGCGAUGUUUUAAAUUUAGGUGGAUAAACAAUGUGAAGGCCAAAUGGCUCGGAAGGGGCCAUGAUAGUUGACCGAGAGUCGUUAAGUGAAAUGACCACGUUGACCAGUGUCGAGAAAAAGAUGGAGACGGCGUGGAGUCAGCCCUUCGUUUCGCGAAGUUGAGUGAAUCGUCAUUAGCCAUGCCAAAUUAUCUCCAUCAACUGGGCGAAGGAUCAAAAUAUUGGUGUCGCAGUAUUCCUGGACGGACAAGGAUUGUCGAGCUGGCCAGCCACAGCAGCGCGUUAUGGUAGAUAUCAUUGGGAUUCGUCAUCACCUGUAUACGCCGAAUGUUGAAGGGAUCGCGAGAUUCGUCCUUAAAUGAGGAUGUUCUACUUUUAGAUCGAGUCAACACUGGUCGUCUCAGCAUUUUUCAUAGGCCUAAGAACAACAGGAGAAUCCAUCAUUAAACCUAUCAAUUCGCCCGUGUGGAAGGAGCAGUCCACAGCUCAUCGCUGCAACGAAGAUUGAGAGCAUCUCGUAAAACUGUAGGAAAAAAAAACUACAUCAAAAAGAACGGAGAAGACAUGGCGAUCAAUAUAAGAGCUUACUCGAGAGAUUCGGACACUAGCGUCGGAAAUGCCAUCAUUCAACAGCAUCACGCACCGCCAGGAGCCCUAAGAGGAUUGCCAUCUUCCCGGGAGUUUGGUGGCGCCAUUGGUCCCCUUCAUCAUCCGACAGGGCAGCCGGCGGGUAGAGGCAACCGAGGCAACAACCGGAGCGACGUUUCCAUUCAAGUGGACGUUGGAUCAUCGAAAACAGCCAAUAGCGAUCGAAUGGGUCGUACAACAAAGAAUCAAAAAGUUGGCGCUGGAAAAGCGGAGCAAUAUGAAACGGCCCUUUAUUCAAGAGAAGACAUCCGCGAACAGUAUUGCAUCAACAAAAAAGAAACGGAUGUGCUGGAUCGUUCGUCUCACGUGCGCCAAAGAGCUAAAGGAUUCUUCGGAUGCCUAACAAGUCGCAAGGAUCAUGGCGCCAAAAAGAAAAAAUCAAGAUCUUCCUUCUUUUCUGCGUUGUGCGUCCGACGGGCGAGCGAAGAAAAUUUGUACAACGGCUGCAACAAACCCGUAGCCAAUACAAAUCGGAGCGUCACUCUACCUGCACUUCAGCCGUUCACGGUUCCUCUACGCGAUGAUGGCUCUAAUCAACCAGGCUUGUUUCGGAAUCGUCCUCAAUCAUUCUGUACAACUGACCCACGCAGAUUCUCCAUGCAAACCUCAACUGCUCCUUGCAUUGUGAAUAGCUACGCACCUCGCCAUUCAGAUCCAGAUUGGAAAAUUAGCACGUUGCCCAUUCAUCGGACAAACAGUGAUGCUCCAAAUGAAAGUGAAAAUUACGGAGGUAACCAUCCGUUCCGGUAUGGUGGCAGGUUGGCCUACACUCAACCAAACACACCUGAACUUUCGGCUGCACUUUACCGGAGGCAGGUCAUGUCCAGCGAGGCGCUUUUAGAUGACAGAAGAUCUACCGGUUCGAUUUCGAAACAUGUCAGUUUCGAUGCUUCGUCUCCUUGUUCUGAGAUUUACACGUCAGCCGUUCCAGCAAAUGCUUCCAAGAGCCAGGAACGGCUUCUAGACGGUCGUAAAACUCCGGAACCAUUUAUCGAAUCCAAAAGACAUCCACAUCAGACAGCUGCAUUUUCUCCCGUAUUGGCUCGCGCCAUACUUUUAGAGAGAUUGCGCCAAGCGUCGAUGCGGAGCCAGGCCACGCAAACGGAAGGUUAUUAUAAUUCGACGACGUCACUCUCCUACCCCAGUUGCUAUAGUGGCGCCGGAUCGCAAGUCUCGAUUCCGGGGGCAGUCAGUACAGUCACGCGUCAAGUUCAGACCAACUUUGAACCGCGUUCAGCUAAAGAAAUGAAACGUUUAACAAGGAGCUCAUCAGCUGUGGAUCAGGAGGCUGAGGGAGAGAGAGAAUCUCAGAAAACAGAGGUCGAAUUCCAGCCUUUAAAACGUUUACCGGAUGAACUUAGUCAGUCUCAACCGGAAGAAAUAGGAGAAUAUAACAAGACUGCAUCACCUGACCGGGGGUCGCCUAGCAGCGGCAAACAUGUGCGCUCCAGCAGACGGCGGCAGUUAUUGAAAGCUUUAUCAGAAGGAACGAUCCUGCUGGAUCGGAAACGUGCCCGACGUUUUGCUUCCGGCUAUGUUGAAGUUAAUGUGCACGACAACGAACGUUCGCCCGUCGAAGAGGUGGCUGGCAGAGUCCUGGUUCACGAUCCGAUGCGUCAUGGAAUCGGUUCCAGCGACGAUGGAAGUCUCGACGAUGAGGAUCUUUUUGCUUCGUCGCUUCCGCUGAAAGGAAAAGCCACAACUUCCUCGCAAGAUAUCAACCGCUCGUUGGGUUUCACUGACGUGGAAGACGUUUGGUCUGACUCGGAGCAUCCGCCAGAUGGGCAAACGGAAGAUGUCAAGUCAACGUCUUUGCUGCAGGCGCAAAAAUCGUUCGACUCUAACGCUUCGUUUCCGGAUACGGCCGGUAACUAUAGCGACGAGUUUGGAAGUACGUCGCAAGUUACGGUCCUCCAGCCGCAUUCAUCCUGCCAAAGUGUCGGAACGGCCAAGGAUGAAAAAGGAAAUAGUUCGUUCGUCGUCACUUGCGAUUCGGAUUUGGAUGCACCGCGUCCGCCUACGCCACCACCUAGACGUCCACCAGCUGCAAGCGAUCCAGCAGCCACCGAAACAUUAGAAAUGGAGAAUGAAAUUAUGGUCCAGUUUCCUCCGUGGCCAGGAGCUCAUGAUACUGAAGUAAUUCCGGCACCACCCAGUUUUGCUUGUUCUUCCGCCAAUUCGUCUCUUCAUCCGGAAGACGAUGAUUUAAAAUCGCCUGCUCCUCCACCCCAAGACGUUGAAUUGUCAAACAAUCAAAUGAGUCAACGCGUUUUAUUGCGCCAUCUGAAGAACGGAUCGAAAAGUAUGUCGGAGACGAUUACGUCAGUCGAUUCGGAUUCUUCCGGCCGUCGAGUGACGGAACAUGAAACGUCGGCCAGUUCUGAACCUCUCAGUCCUCCUGGCAGUGAGCUCAAUAGUCCUUUACAAGCGGAUAUCAACAGCAAACCGGCUGGAUUGGAUUCCACCGAUACCAAUUCGGAUGCGUUUCUGACUGCCCUUUCCGAUCACUUGACGACGGCCGGAUUGACUGAAGUCUACAACACUGCGAUGGAACGCAGCGAAAGGAGCUUCAGAGAAAGUGAUACUUCACAUAACAGCACUUUAAGGAUGGAUCAUUCCGGCGUCCAAGAGUUACCCUACGAAUCUCCUCCACCUCAAGAUGUCCUUCACGAUGAUGGGCCGCCUCCCUUGCUGACGUCACCGGAUUCAAACAACGAUGGACCAGACAUUUGCCGAGAAAGUUCCACGUCCGGAAGCUAUAGCCUAGAAGCUACUCCUUGUGCGUCACUUAGUCCCAUCGCUGUUCAACCGAUCGAAAUGGCUGGCCUCGCAGCUGUAAUGGAUUCAACAAAACAAUCUCUAACUUUGAAUCCGGAAUCUGUAGUAAAUUCUACUCUAGAUUGUGCCCCGUCAAGCACUCAGGCGGAGGCUGUUGCCAAGGCAACCGAUCGGAAAACUUUGAAGGAGACAAUGAAGUUGCAAUUUCCGCCAGGGUCCAGCAUGUUUUCAUCAACGGCUUCGCCUUCCACUCCGGCCAAAUCAGGUGCCAGCGGAAGACGUAAACAUUUUACGCAGCAGCAAUCGACCAAUCAGCACAGUUCGACGGAUUCGGAAGACAAUGAAGAAGCCGGAGAUCGUUGCAGCCGGAAGCGGAGGUCAAACAAAAACAGCGCCGCACCAGAGUCCGCACCCGAUUCAGUCAAACGUCCGUCAUCCAAGCACAAGAAAACGCGCAAUCGAGAUCCACUCACUCCCAACAAUUCAUUUUCCAAUCCGGAUGGAAGCGGAGGAGCCAAGAAACGCGAUUCUCAAAUUGUAGCGGAAGUUACGACACCCGGAAUGGUUCGCAGUCCAGCUAUGCACGAAGGCUUCCGGUUGACGGAUUGGGACGUUGUCGCACCGCAAAUUUCGCCGCUUCCAAACACGGAAUCAUCCGACGAUCACAAUUAUUUCACUCUACAACAUCCGAGCGAGUCUUCCUUUCACGAUCCGGACAAUAUGGCAGAUAUGGUGGGAAAAUCGUGGAACUUGAUGGCACCAUCUCCAUCGCGCAAACAAAAUUGCGAUUCCAUUAGAUCCGUCAGUCCCGGAAGCGACAAUGUUUUCGUUUCGGAAACACCAGCUGAGAUGUCUGGCAACGGUGGCGUACCACCGCCACCGGAAGGUUUUGCUGAUUCACCGGCCUUUGCGGCACCUGACUGGAAUUUAACUUGUAAUAUCAAGACGCAAUCCGCUGGCAGUCAAGCGGAAUCGAUCAGCUGUGACAAUCAAGAGAAUAGCAAAAGGAAGCGAGAAUCCGGCCGUGGCAAACGGACCAAAAGUUGUACAUUACCGGCGGGCAAUUUAAGCGCUUCGGCCUUGUCAGCAGAAACUACUGAAUCGUCUGACAAUCAAGUCCCUCACAGGGCGGUUUCUACCAUCGAUAUGUGGUAUCCGGAGACUCAACUGCCGCCCAAAAGGCAAUUGACUGUGCGUGCCAAAUCGGAAGAAAAGGAACGUUUUAAUCGACCUGUUAGACGGAACUUGAAUCAAUUAAUCAGAUCCGUUGAAGCCAGCUGGGAUUCACUCGGUUCUAAAUUGAGUUGCGACGGAACGCCUUUAGAUGAUGAAGAUGCCGGCAUUUACAAUGCCAGUUAUCGUGCUGGUGCCUGGGCCUACAUUGGUGAAACGGAAGAGCUUCAUGUCUGGCGCCGUUCCCAACCGCAGACGCCGUUACAAGAAACCGACGAUUCGUCGACGGCUUCUGAAAAAGACUUCCGGCGUAAAUACACAUCCAUCACGCACCGCAUGGUCCACCGCAAGUCCAGUGUGGAAAUGUUUCGUCGGCUCGCCACUAGCACAUUCGAUUCAACCACCGACUCAAGUGUCAGACACUCUUUAGAAGAUAUUUUCCAGUUGAUGUUGAUGAUAUGGUGCCGCGAGAGUCUGGCACUGCGCAGACUAGCGGACAUUCGUCCAGGCGAGUGCGAUAAUGUCGUCUUGGUCAAGAGAGAAUCGGGCGAGUUUGGAUUCAGAAUUCACGGUUCAAAGCCGGUUGUUGUGUCAGCUAUUGAGCCUGGAACUCCAGCUGAGUUGAGUGGAUUGCAGGUGGGCGAUAUCCUCAUUAGUAUCAACGAUGUCAACGUCCUCGAUUCUUCUCAUUCGGAGGUGGUCCGCAUCGCUCAUACAGGCACAGAUGAGCUGAAGCUUGAGGUGGCAAGAACAUGCAACAUCCUGUCAACGAACCCCAUUUUGGCUCCAGACCAGUCAACAACAACUGAUGGUUCCCAGGGAGGCAGCACCACUGACAACGAGUCUCCAAUUUUGGUGGGCUACCUCUGGAAGAAGAGCCAGUCAGCCAGUCGUAUUGAUGAAUCUGCCAACAAUGUUUGGUACAGGAGGUGGUUUGUCCUCAAGAGAGACCACUGUCUCUACUACUACAAAAACCAAGAUAGUUCGCAGCCAUUGGGAGCCGUUUCUCUUUUGCAUUACACGGUGACUCGUACUUCGUUUGCCGAACGACCUCACGGUUUACUGUUGAGCAAAGGUGGAACUAUACGACAUUGGCUGGCAGCCGAAUCGACGGAAUCGGUUGAACUGUGGCAUUCCGUCUUCAAUCACGCUUCUAAAGCCGCCGUCCAGCAGGACGUUUGGCUUGAAAUGUGCGCUCGAAACAUUGAAUUGCCGCCGGCGUCGAUGGCAUCACCCGACUGCGUCGGCCAUCUCAUGAAGCUCGGCCACCGGGCCAAAGAAUGGCAGCGUCGCCUCUGCCUUCUCAAAGACGCCUGUCUCUAUUUCUACGUUGAUAUCAACGUCUCUUCUGCCCUGGGAGCGUUGCACUUGCACGGUUACCGCGUCCAAGCCUCAGGCACGACCGCCUCGAGCGGUGAACGACGCAAAUUCGCCUUCGAACUCUUGCCGCCGGAACCUCGCAUGCGCCAUUUUCAUUUUUACACAGACUCGGAGAACGAUCGCAAACGGUGGAUUGCCGCGUUAGAGUAUUCGAUCGAUCGCUGGAUCAGAGUCGGCUAAGUCGUCAAGUUCUCGUCACUUCGUGAACCGACGAAGGAGAAAUACCAGCAACAACCAGAUGAAUAUAUAAAUAACUGCGUUGUUUCGUUACAUAUAGAACGGAAUUCAUUCAUUUUACAACUCCUCCUCCUCUUUCUAGACCUCUUUUGAUUUUUUUUUCCUCAUGCGUGUUAUUUCCUCCUCUUUUGUAAAACGCAAUAGCAACAAAAAAGACGUCGGCGUGCUUCGCUAUUUUCUCUCGCAACCGCAGACAAGAGCAACAACGAUCUGUGGGGUGGGUGCUAAAACAGAUGUUCUCCUAUAAUAAUAAUCCCCCAUUGUUUAUUAUUUAUUUUUUUAUUAUUUUUUUAAUUUCUUUUAUUAUUUUUUUUUUAUUCUAGUUUUUUUGUUUUUCAUUCGACGAACUCCAGCCCAAAGAAACUCAACAAAGAGAUAAACAUUUUCUUUUUCAUUCUUUUAUUCGAGGUAAAUAAUGACGUUUUUUUUUUAUUAUUAUAAUUUUUAUUUUCAUGGAAUUAUCGACCUCCACCAGGUGUGUCAAUUUACAUAAAAGAUGGAAUUUUUUUUUUAUUAUUGUUUUUUAAAAGACGCGCACAUCAAAACUGUGUCAAACACAAAGAAAAAAAAACGGUUGUUUUGUUAGUUUAACUCUCUCUCUCCCCACCACAUUUCUUCUAUUUGUGUGUUUGAAUGUUUGAGCGUGAUUCCCAAAACAGCUCCCAAUCCCCCAAAACAAAAACAAACAAAAAAAAAUGUUAUUUAUAGCGAUGAUGAUUUCAUAAUCAUUCAGUCAAUGACUUGUGUGACAAUGAUGGACGGGAAAGAGAAUGAGAACAAAUAAAAUUGAAAUGAUUGAAGAAAAAAAAA